AGGAAUUCAUUCGUAUCUAAGCCUCGCUUUGAUAUCGAUGUCUUGUUGAAGUCUUAACAAAAUGUGUACUGUUCCUCUCAUUUCCUUUUUCAUCAUAACCAUCUUGUCAUUUUGGCUUCUGAAAAGAUGGCGAAACCGAAAGACUUUUCCUGGUCCGGUUGGCAAACCCUUUGUCGGAGUACUAUUUGAUUUUGACUUGACAACUUUACACUUAAAGUUAUAUGAAUGGAGUCAACAACAUGGAAAUGUUUUCGAGUUUGCAGUAAUGGGACAGCGAUUUAUUGUCCUGAAUUGUUCGGAUGCUGCUCGAGAAAUUUUUCUUAAGGAGCCUAACGCGUCGAUCGCAGCUGCUCGUCCAAGUACGUUCUUUGGAAAGUACUUGCAAGAAAAUUACGAGGAUGUCUUUUUUGCGUCUCCCGAUUCGAAAUGGACCAAAAGAAGAAAGUUAGUGCAUCGGUUGCUUCAUGCCUAUGGCGAGGAUCUCGUGAACAACGAACAUCAGAUCAAACAAAACCUGGUCGGAUUGAUCAAGGAAAUUCAGAAUCUGCAUGACCAAUGCUUUGACCCAAGAAGCAAUGUAGAAGAGUUCAUCUUAAAUGGGAUUGAGAAUCUGGUGAAAUCUUAUUCACUAUAUUCAUUUUUGGUCGGAUUGCAUAAAGUGCAAAUUGCUUAUGAAAUGGUGAAUGGCGGUAAUAGGGUACUUAUUUUGUGUAAUCAACUCCUCCCACACCUCUAACUUGACAUUUGUCAAACUUUGUACAGAUGGUAUGUACACAAUGAAGAUGUGCAUGGGGCAUUUUGAAAUUGAUCGAACAUGCAUUUUCAGAGAAAACAAAAAAUACAUGCAGUUGAACCUUGUCAUUUUUAAGCAUAUCUUGAAUAGACGAUACCUAUUUUGUGUAAUAAACACACCUCCCACUUCUGACUUGAUAUACGUCAAACUUUGUACAGUUAUUAUGGAUACAUUGAUGAUGUGCAUGUGUCUUCUUGGAAGUGAUCGGAAAUUUUUAAAAGAAAUUACAUGCAGUUGAACUUUGUCAUUUUUAAGCAUGUCUUGAAUAGACGGUUCCUAUUUUGUAUGACUGGAAAUUGCACAGGUAGAGACAGCGAGAUGCACAGAAUUAUGAAACAGUUUGAUCAUAUCAGCAAUGACCUAGGGAACGUCGGAAUCGAUAUGCUAUAUUCCUUUUUCCCUUUUCUGCGAUUUUUGCCACUCAGCUAUUCCCAAAAAAUCAAAGAGUGGUUUAAAUUGAAACAGCAAUUUAUAGGAACCCUUGAGAAACAAGCGGUACAUGAUGCCGGAAAGAAAGGGAUUUAUCAUUCCUUGAAGAAAAUUACCCAAGAAAAAGAUAGCCAUGGCCAGCAGUGGUUCACUGAUGUCAAUGUCCAUUGUCUUCUUAUAAACGUUGUCACAGGAGGUUACCUGACAACAAGAGGAGCACUGCUAUCCCUGAUCCAAAUUCUUGCCAAACGACCUGAACUCCAGAGGGCAAUGCAAGAUGAAAUUGACAGCGUUACUGGAACAACCAGAGAACCUGCUUUGGCAGACAGACAUCAAUGUCAUCUGGUGGAGGCUGUUACUUUGGAGACCCUACGAUACAUAUCCCAUGGAGUUAUCACCCCUCACUGCACAUCCCAGGCCACAGAAAUAUUGGGUGUUCCUGUCGGCAAAAAUACCCCGAUUCUCCUCAACUUCUGGACGAUACAUCACAACGCAGAAGAAUGGCAGGAACCUUUUUCAUUUAGACCAGAGCGGUUUUUAGACAAGGACGGUAGUCUAUUGCCUUCAACUGAUCCUGUUAGGAAAAGAAUGAUUGUAUUUGGAUUAGGGAAGCGCAGCUGCGUUGGAGAAGCAUUCGCCAGGGCCCGGAUGUUUCUGUUCGUGGCUACUGUUCUUCAGAGUUUCACCAUCACGGAACCUGAUGACGCUGACCUUUCGGACCUUUUGCCAAGAGAGAUGGAAACUGGUCAUAUCUUACAACCCAAACCUUACAAAGUUCGAUUCAUACUGAGAGAAAAGUAACGCAAGAAGAACGAUGCCCCAGUACAUCUAGAGGCUGCUUCGCUGUAUUCAACUGACCUCUGAGUAAUCUAACAUGACCCAUACAAAUCAUAUACAAUUGGUGCACAUCACGGACAUUGGAUACAUGAUUUUGCUUGACAUCGUUAGGAGCUAGGCAUAUCGUUGAUUGACUGAUAGUUUGACAGAAAUAUUCCUGUAUGUUUAAUUGUUGUAAAAAUUCAUUUCCGAUUUCUUUGUAUAUUCAUAUUUAAUCAAGAUUGAAAUAAAACAUAUUGAGAUUA